AGACUAUUAAAGUGACGUACCGGUCCUUGUUUAACGUGCCUGGGAAGGUUAUGCUGUAUCCUACUCUUUUAUAAAUCUAAUUGUAUUAAAAUAGGUGUUAAAGCUUUAUUUUUUGGAAUGUAAAUGCUUUGUCAUAAGUGACAUCAAUCAUUUUAUUAAAAGGUAAUAACCAUGUCGCACUACGCCACGCGAAUGGCGCGCCUGAGUGCGCGUAUCUUCGGCGAGGUUGUGCGCCCCACGGAUGCCCGCUCCAUGAAGGUAGUGGAUCUUUUUAAAGAACCGCCUCUGGCGCAGCGGAAGGGGGUGUAUAACUGGUACCCAGAGCACAACACCUACUACGGCCUGACCAAGACAUUACGCUUAUUGGGCUUGUUCAGAGAUGAACACGAGGACUUCAAGGACGAGAUGCGACGGCUAAAGAAACUGCGAGGGAAGGGGACACCAAUGAAGGGUGAAGGGAAAAGAGCCACAAAGAAGAAGUAGCUUAACUUUAUUACCAAACGGGAUCAUAACAGGUCAACCUGAAGCUUCAGGAAGAAUGACUGCAGAACAGGAUAUGGGAUUGUAACGGACUCUGGAGGGGAAAACCAAAUUUGAUGUAAAUAAACACAGAGGAACUUUC